AACAGAGCAGUGUGUGUUGAUGCUGUAAAUAAAUAUACAUGUAUAUGCAAUUCCUCACUAUAUACUGGUUCUCGUGAACCCUGUGCUGUUGGGUUCAGUGGAAAAAGCUGUAACACACGUGGAUAUGUCUACACAGGGAUGACCACAAUAAAUGAGACUUUUACAAAUGGUUUGGCAGACAAAUCUUCAAAGGAGUAUCUCGAUUUUCUGGAUAAAUUCAUUUGUACGGUUGGACAGGGUUUUACACAGGGUACCCUUGGCAAUUCGUAUAUUCCGUCCAUAGUUGUCAAAACAAUAAGGAGAGGGUCCAUUGUGGUUGUUUAUGAUGCCACGCUAGCACCGGUUUAUAAUGCAUCUACCGACCCACCAACUGAAGAGUUGGUUCGGUUCUCAGUCAAU